AUGCGCCGGGGAAUGGUGGCUCGAUGCCUCCUGCUGCUCUGCUCUUCCGCCCUGGCCGGGAAGCCUUUCCUCAUCGGCACCGAGGAUCUCGGAGACACCGCGCAGACAUGCAACGUGGAUGCUGUCCAGGUGGCGAAUCUGAGGCAGCUGCACCCGAUCUUGCAUGACCUGGUGAACACCACCUUCUUCCGGCUGUUUCGGGUGAAUCUGAAGAGCCCAAUUUGUCCAUAUUGGAAGAGUGCAGAUAGCGACAAGGAGGACACCUCCAGCGGCGGAACGUGCAGCGGCGGCUUGGUGGCACAUUCUGCUAAAAUCAGCGGAUGCUUUCUGCAAAUGCACUUCUAUGUAGAUCUGGCUUCCGAUUUCACAGGGACAUUCCAAGAGCUUAGGAAAGGAUCUAGGCCGACCGGUAAAGGGACCCUAUAA